AUGAGGAAAUAUAUAACUUACACGUUACUGGAGUGGCUUACGUCUAAGGAGAAUAAAAUCGGCGGUGCUAAAAUCGUGCUGGCCUCCAAAAGGGUCAAGGAAAGAAUCGACUUUCGUCCACGUAGUAAUGUUUUUGAUAACGGGACGAUAUCGUAUAAAAGCGAUCAGUAUUAG